AUGGUCAAAAUAUAUUUUGACUCCUUGUAUGACAUCCUGAUAAUUGUCAAGAAGUUAUUUGGAGAGGAGAAACAGAUGAAAAGUGCAUGUAUUUCCCUCCUGGUAGAGAAGACACCUGGAGCCAAUGCUGAUAUCAAAGAUUUGAGAAGUGCAGAUUUUUUACCUCUGGCUGGAGAUAAGAAUACAUCACAAUCCAGCUACGUUUCUCAAGUUGAACAUCCUGAUAGUAUCAUUGAGGACACACCUGUGGAAAAAGAACUACAUUUAGGAGCAAAGAAGACAGUGACAGACGUAUUUGAGCUUGACACUCCGUCUGAGUCCGAGCUCAUUAAAGCAAAACAGAAACUGCAUGGGUACCCUGGACCUUCUGACAGAUCUUUAACAGUACAAUUGAAGACCGACGAGAAACAGAAAUCGAAACUGCACACAAAAACAACGUCUUGGCGUACCAAAAAGGGUCUCUUUUCUGAGAGUGAAGCAAGCACCUGCCAAAGUGAACGAAGCUUAAUCUUGGAUUUACCGCACAAAAUAUCAUUGAAAAAAGACUAUACCAGGAGGAAGCUAAAGAUUAAACCAAGACUUAAAGUUUUACCUUUAUCAUCCAGCAGUGGCGAGGAAGAGCAAAGUCGUAAGUCAAGGCAUUCAAUAUCAAAGUUAUACCCAGAAGCAAGAAAGGAAAAAGAGAAAAUUGUGCCAGAAAUUACACAGGAAACUGAAUUGGAGGAUACUGUAUUUUUGGAUGAUUUUAUGGAAAUAUCUCCAGAAAAGGUUCCAUUACCAAUGAAUGGCGACAUCAGCAAUGAAUUAAGGAAAAGAAAGCAUGGCUCUUUAGCAACAGAGCCUAGUAACAGCUCCCAGAAUGCUGUUCAUGAAGCUACUGAAGAACAGCAAAGCUGUGCACCACCAAAAGGGAAAAAAUAUUUAAUUUCAAAUGAGAAAAAGCAAAGCAUUGGAGAAGGUAUUUAUGACUGA